UCUUAACAUUUUAUCUCCAGCAAAACAUCUCUGACCAUUCCGAGUAUGAAACAAGUAAAAUUAAUGAAAAUAGUGAAGAACCUUUGAAUUUCGUGCCUCAAGUUUAGCCGCAUUUGUUUUUUAUUCUACUUUGAUGGUUUUUAUCGGACCGAAAGUGCAUCAAGUGCGCUGCGCAGAAAGUGCAUAGUGCAAAUCGUGAUUCACGAAAAGUGUGAAGUGUGAGUGGCUCUCUAAUCGAAUUGCCCGUGAUUGUCGGAAUUCUCGUCCAUAUCGCCCACAUGCACAAGUGUUCACGAGCCACAAAUUCGAUACAUAAAUAAAAUGAGUGUCACUGUUUACGAGUGUGUGUGCUAGUGACGUGAGUAGCGUAAGUCAGUGAGCGAGACACGAGGUGACCGAAAUACAACACAAUUUCCGAGGAUGGGUCGAAUGAUAAACAACACAGAGUCGUGCGAGUCAUGCCCUUCUGGGGCGUACAAAUGACCUUAAAAGUGCAAAAUCGUGACGGCAAGUGACAACUAACUUUUAGUGACGUACUCGUGCUCCAUUCGUCGGAGGUUCGAAAAAAGCUAGAAAAAAAUCUGGCGAACCGAGCACGAAGACUUCGAAAAAAGAGAAGAAGGCGAAGAAGAAUGUCAGUGUGUUCAAGACAGUUGAAACCUGAUUUUUGGAAUCGCACUCUCCUGUUAUGCAGACGCAAUCGUUUGCACAGUUUGUUAAAGACUAAGUGUAUUUCUAAGAGUAUAUGAAUGGAUUAACUGUGAUUUUAAGAGAUAUACGUUCAAAUUAGCCCUUGUGCCAUUUUAUUCCACUUAAGAGAUUCGGAAGUAUUCACGUUUCAUAGAUUAUUUAUAAGUAUUGAAAAUUAGAAAUUCUGUAGAUAGAAUUGCAUAUUGACAAUGGAAGGAAAUCACGUUUACAAACCCGAGACUAUCAUGACUGAUGUCAGCAUGCAGGACUUGCAAAAGCUUCUCGUCUACUUUUCGAAAAACACCUAUAGAGCACGGGAUGCUGACAAUACGAGCCAGUCCAUAAUGCAAAGGUGUGUUUUGCUAGCUGACAUGGAUUACCAGCAUUCUGUAAUCAACAACAAUGAAGGAGACUUGAGUGCUCACUACCCCAGUCAUUUAAUAAUUCUCGAAUACGAGAAGAGCAAAUAUCCGAAUAAGUGUGAUACUCCGCCGCCACCGCCACCGCCACCGCUACUGGCACGCACAACGGAAACAAUUUACGAAAGUAUGUGCGAUCCAAUUAGGUUAAAGGAAUUAAUAAAAAGCGCUCGAUUCGCGCGAUGUCGAUCAAGGUUUCCACUGCCGGUUAUACUCUAUAAAGGGAAAUACAUUUGCCGGUCGUCUACCUUAUCGGGCGGACCGGAAAUUUAUGGUCGAUCUGGACUGGAUUACCUUUUUGCGGGCAGUGAAACAGGAACUGGGGAAGAAGAGAGUUCCAAGGAAGACGCUGAUGAUGCGUGUGGCAGCGAAUCCUUUGAUAACGAUUCCCCGGCGGUGAAGAACCAGUUUGAUAAGGUUAGGAAAAAGGACAUUAAGCUACUCAAAACUCUCAAAGUGGGCCACAUCAUAGACUUCAUGGUCGAGAAUAAAAAGGUCAAAUUCCUUAUGAAUGUCACUUCCUCGGAGAAGGUGGACAGUGUCGGGAGGUAUUCCGACUUCAACAUAGUCUCAUUGCCAUACCCAGGUUGCGAAUUUUUCAAGGAGUUUCGAGAACACAAUUAUGCAGCCAAUCACCUCGUAUUCGACUGGACGCAAGCUCAUGUCGAUGCGAACAUUGGAGUUCCCAAGGACGAGAUAUCCGGUCAACUGCCUGUCAAUUGGGAAGAAUAUCGAGACUGGGAUCUUCUAAAGCUCACUCAAAACUACCUGAAACUCAUACUGCGAUAUAUGAAUGAAAGCGAUUCCGGAAUACUUAUUCAUUGCAUUUCAGGCUGGGAUCGCACUCCAUUGUUUAUUUCAUUAUUGAGACUAAGUCUCUGGGCAGACGGUGCAAUUCACACAUCCUUGAACGCCUACCAAGUCCUCUAUUUUACGAUAGCCUACGACUGGAUGCUGUUUGGUCACGAUUUGAAAGAUCGAAUGAACAAGGGGGAGGAGAUAUUCUUCUUCUGCUUCUUCUUCCUGAAGCACAUCCACGACGAAGAGUUCAGCGUCCACUCGAGGGAAUACAGAAAACGUAAUUCUGUGGUCUGUCACGAUCUCGACUCGCAUCUUCGAGACGAAGAUUACAGUAUGCAUACGCCAAACAUCAAAAGCAGACACUCUGUUCUGCGUAACGAUAGUGACUCGCAUCUCGACAACGUGAUGUUUGAUGGCGAGUCUGUAGUUGCUCUAAGCUCCGUUAGUUCAAAUCUAAGCCUCAACAGUUGGUGCAGUUCCGUUAGUCAGAACAGUCGCGAUAGUCAGGACAACAAUCCACCUUCGGUCUUUCACUGUAAUUCCCAGGAGAGUCAGGAAGAGACUCAUACUAAUGGGUUUGUUACAGAUCAGGGAAUUUUGGAAAGCCAGGGAAAAUCUGAAAGAUUAAGGAACGUCGUGCCCUGGACUUUUUAUAACUCCCCGAACAAAGAGGGAAGUGGGAAUGGAUCGCGUUCGCCUUUUCCUGCAAAUAGGACAUCACCAGUUGCUGUUCCCGUACCUGGCCAUCUUCGACAGAGAAACGAAUCUUCAUCUUCGGGAGGAUCUUGGCAGAUGAUUUCCGGAACCGGAAGUUUGCGUGGUUCAACUACGGCAAAUGCUCUUCUUUCCGAAAAUCUCGCAUCUAGUUUAGCGUGCAAGCCUCUUUGCGAAACUUGUACUGGAUAUGCAUCCCAGGAAUCUAGUACGACGAUCGUCGACGAUGAUGCUUCCACACAAUUAAAGAUGAGGAAAGAAAAGUUACAGUGUCUACGAAAUCUAUUUUAUGGCGCUUACAAUACGGUAGGAUUCAAAGUGAAGGAGUUUCCCGAGUCCAGUGGAUUCGGUCAGUUUCUUGGCAAUUUCGCUGAGAAAGUAGGAUUCAUCUCUGUUCAACGCACAAGUUUGUGACCGGAAAAUGUCGUUAAGACAUCGAUUUUCCCACAGAAUCAUGAAUUUGUUACUGUUGACUCUUUAAUUGAACUGAGAAUUUUAUAAGCUUAUGUCGGAUAUUAAAUAAUUGUACAUUAUGGUUUAUUUGGGUAACGUGUCGUCGCAUUUUUAUGCGGGGUGAAUGUACGAGACAUAAUAAACUUGCUAUUUUUCUACAUAAA